AUGAAUUAUUUAACGUGCGUUUUACACACUGUGAUAGUAAUUUUAGGAUAUUUUCUUAUUACAGACGGUUUCGAGCAAAAAUCCAGCGUGAAAAAAGCUCGAGCGUCGGCCCCACCGCCUGACGAACCUUCGAACAACGUCGGGAGCGAAUACGACGAAAGAAACAACGCACUGGAUACAAAAUACGUCCCUCCGGGCUUCGUCAGCCCUUCAGUACUCGAGUACUUGGAACUAGGAAAAUCAAUUCCUGGACGUCCUGGAACCGAUUAUCCCAUCCUAGGAAGGGUUCCAUACACGAAUUUCUAUUGCGAUGAACAACCGUAUCCCGGAUUUUACGCUGAUGAAGAGACAAGAUGCCAAACAUGGCAUUAUUGUGACAUCGAUGGUCGACAAACGACAUUCUUGUGUCCCAAUGGUACCCAAUUUAGUCAAUUAGUGUUCGUUUGUGAUUGGUGGUUCAAUGUACGAUGUGACUUAAGCUCAAAAUUGUAUGUCAUCAAUAGCAGGUUGUAUGGACGGCCGAAAUUAGACCCGACACGGCCGCAUCGGACCAUCACGAAGCAAUUAUUAGAAGAAAUUUUUAACGAUGAAUGA